AUGGGACCUACGGCAGAUGGUUACGUGGGUAGAAGUUUAUUGGCCAAUGUAAGCAGCGGUGGUCAUCACAAACCUCCUUGGGAAAAAUGCGAUUACGAAUCAGUAAAUUUACCAGUUCUCUGGGUGGUGCUCUACGCUGUUUUUGUCAUCAUUUUAUUUAUAGCAAUUGCAAUCAUCUGUGAUGACUUCUUUGUGCCUUCGCUGGAGGUGAUCUCGGAGACCCUCAACCUGUCGGAAGACGUCGCUGGAGCCACCUUCAUGGCGGCAGGAUCCUCGGCCCCCGAGCUUUUCACAUCGGUCAUCGGUGUCGCCUUCCAAAGCGACGUCGGUGUCGGCACCAUCGUGGGCUCGGCCGUGUUCAACAUUCUUAUCAUCAUUGCACUUACCGCUGCUCUUGCUGGCCAGGUUCUCAACUUAGACUGGCGCCCUCUCAUCCGUGACAGUUUCUUCUACGGCAUGUCCUUGGUGUGUUUCAUCGUCUUCUGUUGGGACACGGAGUUCACCUGGUGGGAGGCACUUAUCCUCCUCACCCUCUACAUCAUCUAUCUCGUUCUGAUGAAGGUUAACCCCACCAUCAUGGAGAAGACCAAGCACAUCACGUGCGGUGGAUUCUGUCGCAACGAGGUAGCACCUCUGGAUGCCGAGGCCGGAGAGGCGGGUGGAGAAGCCCCGGUCCAGACCGUCACCGAUGGGCCUGAAAACACUGGGCAAAAUGGUACUGCCAACGGCACACCCUUGCCGCGAAAGCUUCCACCUAUUCAGACAUCAAACCCAACAGAUGAGGACCGGAAGAUAUCUGUCUUGUCCAACCAGUCAUUGGCCGUGCCAGGAAACAAGCAUAUAUUCCAUCACGUCAAACAUGGAGAACUCUCUUCUAACUUUACUUCGUCGAGUUACGAUCUAAAAAAACUCGCCAGAGAUACGGACAGUCGUUUAGGGUCUGUAUCAAGACCAAACAGUGCUCACUCAACAGCGCUGAGCUCUCGGCCGGAUUCCAAGGCCUCCUUUGUAAAUAUAAACUAUAACAGAAAUAAUGUAGCUAUGAACGGCGAUGUGAACGCCAAUAACAACAACAUCCCCAUGGUCACAAAGACCAAUGGAAGCGUCGUUCCGACGGUCGUCGCCAAUGACGGGCGACCGAACGUCCAUGACGACUUAGUGGUGGGCGACGUCGAGAGUCUUGGCGGCGAUAGCCAGGGCGACUUCGGCAGCCAGACGCAGUUGCUCAGUGUACCCAAAGGCAAUGCGAUCCCGCGCGAUAACGAUUCGGGGAUCCACAGCGCACACGGAACCACCCCUGUUGUUCCUGUCGACCCUUCCUCUGACCCUUCCUGUGAUCCCUCUUAUGAUUCUUCCGACCCAAAGAGAAGACAAUCACUGGUGGACGGCCUUCACCAUCACCAUCAUCACCAUGAGCAUCACCAUGACGGGGAACACAAGCCACACGACACUCAAGGGGAGAAGGAAGGAGAAGAGGACAAUAAAUCGGAAGGCUCUGAGGAGGAACCGACCCUUCGUCCCUUCCCUUGCCUGCCAGCCAUCAACAUGUACUACCCUGACAGGGAGAUCAUGGACAGCACUUGCGGUUGCCUCCGCUACGGACUUAAAUGGCUCCUCUUCGUGAUCAGUUUUCCAUUCAUGUGUGCCUUCUCGUGGACCAUCCCAAACUGCAGUGUUCCGCAUCUCAGGAAGUGGUAUGUGGCCUCCUUCAUCCUCUCAAUCGUAUGGAUCGCAGCACUCAGCUUCGGGAUGGUCACCCUGGUCGCCAAGAUGGGGUGUAUUCUCAAGAUCAGUGAUUACACCAUGGGCCUCGUCAUUGUCGCUGUCGGCACCAGCGUACCGGAUGCCUUGAGUUCCAUCCUCGUGGCCCGCGACGGUUACGGCGACAUGGCCGUCUCCAACGCCAUCGGCUCAAAUGUCUUCGACAUCAACCUCGGAAUCGGACUGCCCUACCUCAUCCGAAUCGCCAUCAACGGCGGAACCAACAUCGCCCUCCUCAAUGCCGAAGACCAGUUGCGUUUCGAUAACGGUGAGUUCGGCCCCAUUCCCCCGCACGCCAAAUUCGGAUUCAUCCUCCUCCUCAUUCUACUUCUCACCAUCGUGGCUUUCACCGCCGUCCGGUUCCGCCUCAACGCCGUCAUCGGCAUCUCAUUCGCCCUGAUGUACGUUCUCUUCAUGGUAUACGCCUUUGUACAGGAGAUCGUCUGCGAUGGCGGGUGCUAACGACCACCACGACGGGGAAAAAUAAACAAAAUACAAAACAAAAGCAUUACAUAUUUAAAAUACAGAUGAAAUAAUCGGUUAAAACUUAGGGUUUCGAAUACACGUCAACACCAAGACUGCUUUGAACGAAAAUGGAAUAAUGAAUAUAAUUAUAAUUAAUGUAUUGUCUGAACGAUUAUGUUUCAUGAAAACAAAUAUUAAUAAGACAACAGGGUUUAAACAUUUGAAGGUGAAUUUGAUGCAUGUAACCCGUUUGUAUAUUAUGCUCAAAGUGAGCAAAGUUGAAUGAUAUAGCAAUAAUUGAUUUGGAAUGUUUUUUUCUGAAAAUGCAAUUGUGAAAAUUGUGUUUAAGGUAUAUUUUGUUAUAAAGAAAAAAAAAUCAGUCCAAACUUAUACUUAUGACAAAAGGUGUUUACAAAGAGGCUAACGACAUCAAAGGUAUUCCUAUAUAUCUAGGUUAUGGAAUAAGGAAAAUAAAAGUAAACUAAAAUUGGUUUAAGAAUUAUUACAAACUUUCUCAAUGACUUCUGUUCGGGGUGAUGAAAAUGAAACAAUACGGAGGAGAAGACAAGGAAUGGAAAGAGAAAUAGAAAGAGAGAGAAAGGGAGAUAGGGGGAAGGGGGGGGGGGGGCUGAUUACGAACUAUUUUUCUUCAUAUCUUUAGGCUGAAUAUUUUUUUUUUUUUUGGGGGGGGGGAGUGUUUGACAAUACAAUACAAGUACAAUGUCGCCGACAACUCCUUGAAGUAUUGAAUUAUACAGUAUUUUGAUGCAGUAUCGACGAUUUCAUAUUUCCGCUGGUUUUGUCAAGAGAUUGUCGUGGUUUUUGCAUAUUUGUUAUGUCUUGCCAUGGACACCUAUAUGAAAAUAAUCAACUAAUGAUUUAGUUUCCGUCCACUUAGAUAACUAAAAUAGGUUAUCGUGAUUAUGUUAGAUACAAAGAAUGUAUAUAUUCAACAAUACAGUGGAUUGGCAAAGUCUGUUAUUGUACUAAUUUUCGUGUUACACGAAGAUAAUUAUGUAUAUCUUGCAUCGCUGUUAAAGUGCAAUUUUUUCAUCUAGUAUAUCACAUUUUCUUUCGCUCCAGUCUAGAAAGCUUUAAACUCCGCUGUCGAUAAUAAAACUGCAAUUCAAAUUUGGGAUUGAAAAAUAUUUGCUUGUGGCAAUAUUAUUUCUCUACCCGGUCAUGAGUUGUUGGAGAGAAAUUAACGUGAGCUGCAAUAAGAAGUUGUAAUGAUAUUUCUUCUUAUGGUGUCUUUGAAAUAUCAGGGUGUGAUAGAUUUGUAAGAAAAGGCAGAUGAUUUAAGCAAAUACCAAAAGUAUCGGGUCAGUUUGCCUGCUGGUCUUAUAGAAAUGUAUAGGAAACGCCACAAGAAUACUUUGAUCACACUAGUGCCUCUGUUUCAUACGAGAUUCAUAUUAUUUUCCAGUCGUGGAAAUAAAUAUAUAAUAAUAUUUCAGUUGUGUCCUUAGUGCCCUUUCACUUUGUUCAUCUACAUGCUUUGAAUUCCGUGUGUGAUUUCCGUGCUGUACAAACUUUUACUCCAAAGUUACAUUGAACAGACGGUGUAUAGUCUUGAGAUUAUUUAAUUUUGUACAGUUGUGUACAGUCAAGUAAUAUAGUGUAUAUUUCUUAGUAACUAUGUACAGCGUUUUUCCAUCCCAUUCUUAUUUUGUAUGAAAGUCGCACAAACACUGAAUGCCCGUGGAAUAAGAUACGAGAGACUGAGCAUGGGCGAUAUUUUUCUCUUUUCAGCUGAGCCACUGUAAUUUAUUUUCUAAUAAAGGUUUGAGACUGAUUACAACACCA